GUCCCAAGGCGGUGGCGAGUUCUGCCUGCACCCAAACUAUUAAUUUUUCCCCCCUCAUCCAACCCUCCCGCAUCAACAAAGCACUUUCUUACCCCUGAAUACCUUGAUCCCCGGUGUUCACUCUCUUUCUGAAUCUCUCAUCUCUCACAUUUUCCCGGAUAACAACCCCCCGCCUCUACUUUCGCCAUGUCUGACGUUGCGGAGACCAAGCCCGACCCCACCACCCAGGCUCCUGAGGCCGACAAGCCCACCACUGGUGAGGGCGAGAAGACCGUCACUGAGGUUGCGGCCGACAAGGCCACCGAGGUUGCCGAGACCGCCAAGGAUGCUGCUGUGAAGACCUCUGAUACCGUUUUCUCCAUGUUCGGCGGUGGUCCCAAGAAGGAGGAGAAGCCCAAGGCUGAUGAGGAGGAGAACGACCGCUCCGGUUCCGCCAAGGCCCAGAAGGAGGAGAAGGAGGAGGAUGUUGAGGCUGACAAGGUCGUCGCCGAUGCCAGCUGGGUCAAGACAGAGUUGAAGGAUGUGGUGGAGGUCAAGACCGGCGAAGAGGUUGAGGAGCAGGUGUUCAAGAUGCGCGCCAAGCUCUUCAAGUUCGACCCCGAGAGCAAGGAAUGGAAGGAGCGUGGUACAGGUGAUGUCCGUCUGCUGAAGCACAAGGAGAACCUGAAGACCCGCCUCGUCAUGCGCCGAGACAAGACCCUCAAGGUCUGCGCCAACCACUACGUCGUUCCUGAGAUGAAGUUGAGCCCCAACGUCGGCAGUGACCGCAGCUGGGUCUGGAACACCACCGCUGAUGUCUCCGAGGGCGAGCCCGAGAAGCAGACCCUGGCCAUCCGUUUCGCCAACAGCGAGAACGCCAACCUCUUCAAGGAUGCCUUCGAGAAGGCCCAGCAGGAGAACGAGAAGAUCUUCGGCUCUUCCGAGUAAAUGCGGAUCACCACUUGCCUCUUUUCUUUCUUCUUACAUGAAGGAGCCUCCGAGCUUAUCAGCAUGAAAUUGCUUGUCACCGACGGGCCUUGCCCUAAAGAUUGAGAGCUUGCCCUCGAAACUACCCCAUCCCACAUUAUUCCCCUCAAAUACGAAAGAACUAUGACAUUUCCCCCAUCCUCCUCCCAUUCCCACCUCUAUGACCCUUCCCCCUUUCCCCGACGACGCGACGACCAAGGCAGUCAAUGAUGCUGACGCUGUUCACAACAGCUAUCGUGAUGUGAUUAUGAAACGGAGGGCAGUUCCUUGAUGUCUUUUGGUCCGUCGGUAGUAGAUAGACAUUUUUUUUCUCCAUCAAAUAUACACACUGCACAUCAAGUUCUA